GGGGACUUGUCGAAAGCAUUCGAGCUGGCCCUCCAUAUUGACCAUCUUACUUCCUUUCAAGAACUCGCCGACAGCUUUGCUUUGGACACUGAUGGGGAUCCUGUUGGAAAGUCAGUGAAUAGUACUGAUCCUGAGAUGGUGUCUUACUGUGCGGAGUACUUUGUUAAUAAAGGGCACAUUGAAAAGGCAAUCACUGUCCUAAUAAACUCCGGACAACCCUGUGAUGCCCUCGAACUGUGCAAUACUCACAAAAUAGUGCUGACUCCUCAACUAUCUUUUAAAAUUCUGUCAAAGUUGGAAACUCAGAAGAGGUCCUCUUUGCAUGAGAGCACAAUUUCUUCUUUGGCUUUAAAUUGCAUGAAUAAUGGCCAAUAUGAAGUGGCCAGUCGACUGUACACUCUCUCCGGGCAGACAGAGAAUGCUCUGAAGGCUCUAAUAAGAGGAGGAGACACGGAAAGAGUGCUUAGAGUGGCAAACCUAUCACGUGACCCUCAAUUAUACAUAAUGGCGGGAAAUUAUCUUCAGUCUUUAAAUUGGAGUGAAACACCCAGUUUGAUGAAGGAGAUUCUGAGACUUUAUUCGAAGGCCAAAGCACAUCAUUUGAUUGCCAAUUUUUACUGUGCAUGUGCCCAAUUGGAGAUUGAUGAGUAUCGAGAUUACAACAAGGCCACAUUGGCCUGGGGUGAGGCCAUCGGGUACUACCAAAAGGCUAAUUCUGCUGACAUUCCUAAGCGAGGCCCCCAGAUGAGCCCACAUUUUGGAGAUCGAAUUGGUUUGGGCGGGAAUUUGCAAGAGAAGAUGGAAGAGAGGGAGAACUACGACGAGAACAUUGCUGAUUUACGUGAAAGGAUCAGAUUGGCGAGUGUGUUUGAUGGAGUUGUGGGGGGCAGAAUGAAGGGGGAAGAAGAACAGAAGUGUCGGCAACUGUUAGAGGAGCCUGGAAUAGACCGGGCAGUCCGUACUGUUCAUGUCCGUGCUUAUUUAUGUGGAUUGUACUACUCCUUCGAGGACUGGAGGAAGGCCUAUGAACAUGUGGCUGUGUUGGAGAGGGAAUUGGGGAGGAGGGUGAGCGAGUACGUCAGUCGGGAUAUGUUGGACAGGAUUAGACGAGAAGUGGGUGUUGGGGGUGUGGACGAAGAUGUAUUUGAUGAGAUUGAGGACUUGUGUUGAUACUCUUAGUGGGGAAUACCCCAUUGAUUGAGGAGGGAGGAUCAAUAAUAUUCUCCGUCACUCAAUUAGGGGAAUUGAUAAUCCAUUAGGUGACAAAUAACACAGAU